GUUAGGGGGAAAAGUUCUGGGCUGAGCUGGAGCUUGAGGGGGGGUCGGAGUCUCCGCGUCCGGCAGCAGGCUAGCAGGAACAGCCCGGUAGGGGUCCAUCUCCGGACAGACGCGGAUGAUGCCAGAGCUAUGACAGGGGCUGCAGUCUUGGCACUGAGGGGUGAUCAGUUAUGGAACAGCUACAGAAGGAAGUACUUGAGGUCAAGAAGGAGGAAAAGGAAGAGGCAGUGAUAGCCGCAGGUGAAACCUCAGACCCAAGCGGAGGACCAGAUUGUUUGCUGCCUUCUAGCAGCUAUACAGACCUCUCCCAGAGCUCUUCUCCAUCCCUGUCGGACCAACUCCAGAUGGGCUGCGAGGAGACAUCCGCUGCAAGUCUGAAUGUGGAAUGCAGGGUCUGUGGGGAUAUAGCAUCAGGAUUUCAUUACGGAGUGCAUGCAUGCGAGGGCUGCAAGGGUUUCUUCCGUCGGACGAUCCGCAUGAAGCUGGAGUAUGAGAAGUGUGACCGGAACUGUAAAAUCCAGAGGAAGAAUCGGAACAAGUGCCAGCAUUGUCGCUUCCAGAAAUGCCUCUCGCUGGGCAUGUCGCACAAUGCAAUUCGUUUUGGCCGCAUGCCAGAAGCAGAGAAGAGGAAGCUGGUAGCGGGUCUGACGGCGAGCGAGAUCAGCUGCCAGAACCCACAGGUGGCUGACCUGAAAGCUUUCUCCAAGCACAUCUACGACGCCUAUCUGAAAAACUUCAACAUGACCAAAAAGAAGGCAAGAGGCAUCCUCACUGGGAAGACCGGCAGCACCCCGCCGUUCGUGAUCCAUGACAUGGACACCCUGUGGCAGGCAGAAAAGGGGCUGGUCUGGAAGCAACUUGUGAACGGGAUCCCUCCAUACAAGGAGAUUGGGGUCCACGUCUUCUACCGCUGCCAGUGCACCACGGUGGAGACGGUGCGGGAGCUCACAGAGUUUGCCAAGAGCAUUCCCAGCUUCCUCGGCCUCUACCUGAAUGACCAGGUGACCCUGCUGAAGUACGGGGUCCAUGAAGCCAUCUUCGCCAUGCUGGCCUCCAUCAUGAACAAGGACGGGCUUCUGGUGGCCAAUGGGAACGGGUUUGUGACACGUGAGUUCCUGCGCAGCCUGCGCAAGCCCUUUAGCGAGAUCAUGGAGCCCAAGUUUGAGUUUGCCGUGAAGUUCAACGCCCUGGAGCUGGACGACAGCGACCUCUCUCUUUUUGUGGCUGCCAUUAUCCUGUGCGGGGACCGCCCUGGCCUGAUGGACGUGAAGCAGGUGGAGGGGAUACAGGACAACAUCCUCCAGGCCCUGGAGUUCCACCUGCAGGCCAACCACCCGGACGCUCAGUACCUCUUCCCCAAGCUGCUCCAGAAGAUGGCUGACCUGCGGCAGCUGGUGACUGAGCACGCGCAGCUGGUGCAGAAGAUUAAAAAGACAGAGACGGAGACCUCAUUGCACCCGCUCCUGCAGGAAAUCUACAAGGACAUGUACUGAGGAGCUUUAAAGCCAUGGAUCCUGAGCAAAACACUUUGUAUGGUGACCGAGAAGCCUCCCCCGCCCUCCCCCCACAACGUCUUCCAUUUCUUCUACUUGGUACUAUUUUCUAGAUGAUCUCCACAUAUGGUACAUAGGCCUACCUGCCAUGAGAUUUCGUGGCUACUGCGUGCUAAGCCCGGGCUUCCGUUAACACACACUUAUAAACCUCAAAGGCAAAACAUAAGCGAGGCUUCUGUUGCCGCAGCCCAGCUGUCACACCGCUCCCUUCUGCCUUCCAAGCGACCCGCGUGUUUAUGUGCAUUGCAGAGAAGGUGGGAUUAUGGCACCAGCAGAGUGAUAAGGGUAUGGUCUGAUGUAAUGAGACCAUUCAGUACCUUCAUUAUCCGGCAGGUCCAGGAACAGCACUUACAUCACUUGUCCAUUGUGCGUUGGUUUUGUAUUGCACUUGGAAGACUCUUAGGCCUGAGCUGUAAAGCCUAGGACAUUGGAACAAAAGGAAGUGUGUGUGUCUCUGGAUGGAUGGGUGGAUCUCCCAAAGAAUGGACUGACUGUUUGAUGAAGGGUACUGAUGCUUCACUGGGGGAGAGACCAUUGGUUAGUCCCCUGGAUUCACAAGACAGGCAUGCCUUCCUCGAGAGAUGUGCAUUCUCCUCUCUCUGCCUUGCAAAUCACUCCUGUGGGUUGUAACAUGGAAUCCUGUAUCUGACCCCCUGCCGGGGCUGAGCUGAUCCUCCUUAGCCCCUAGAUUUCAAAGGGGAGGGCUGCUUUUCUGUCUCUUCUGUAUUAGCUUAGAAAAUUGAGUGGGGAGAUGGAUGGCGGUGGGCAGUAACUCUAAGAACCAACUUAGUCGUCAGAGCAGGUGCUAAAACCGCACUUGCUCCCAGUCUUUGAUCCAGGGUGUCCAGAGGAGUCUCGAAGUGUCAGAAUGACUCGAGUUUCUGCUGAUCUAGGAGGAUGAAGGGUCGGCUGUGCUGUGAAGGGGACAGUAGUGAGCAAAGCGGGGUGAGGCAAGGGAGUCACAGAAAACAGUAAUGGUAAUUUCUCUGUCUCACUGUUUCCUUUCCCACCCCGUUCGUCAUCUCGCUGCAGCCUGUGGCAUAGCCAGAGGAGGCCUCUCAAUGGGAGGCCAACAAUGGUGCCUUCCCCAUCAGCACAGACACUAUAAUACGCUGGUGUCCUCCGAUCCCUGGGGUCCUGCCUCUUUCUGCUGUGGCUGGUCACAUCUGCACGGUUGGCGUCAGCAAUGGCCGGAGCCAUCACUAAGCUACAUUGCAACAUCUCUCCGCCAAACUAUCCCAGCAUGGGCUGCUGGGGUGACCUGGAGCCAAGUAUGACCUGUAACUUACUUAUUUCGGGGGCUUAAUUCAUCAGACUGAGGCCAUCCAAAUCGGCCCAGCUGAGGGGCUGCUUUGGUAAUUUGCCAAGAGCCUAAGGCCCACAGCUGCAGAUCCCACUAUGCCACACUCCAGCUUGUUCAGAGCAGCUGUUGAAGGAUGGGUAAGUGGCCUUUGGCCUCCAGGUCAUCCGCUCAGAGCCAGCCCUGGCCUGGACCGAGCGGGAAAUCCGAAGACUCUUGAGUGGCCUGUGUGCAAUGAGUUGGUUGUUCUCAAUCCAGUUCCUAGUGGACAGGUGUCCGCCCCACUUACCCCCUGGCACUAAUUGGCACUUUCGUCAGCAGUCUCAGCAGGGAUGCCAUGGCUUGAGUGGGCUGUGGAGACAGAACUCACCUAGUGGGGCGAAGGGCGUGACCCCUCCCUGCUCAGAGCUGGGGCAUGUUAGUGGAGCAGUACAGGGGAAGCUUGCCCAGCCACCACCUAGGUUGUCCCUGCUCUGUGGCACGACUUCAGUCUCUGGUGCAGCCUAGACUCUAGUCAGCACUAAAUUCACUUUGACUCUAGGUUCAGAUGCUGGUGUCCUGUGUAAAGCUCUCCACUUGCACCAAUCUGCUGAGAUGGGAUGGGUGUGCACAGGGGUGGAUCUCUCUUGGCAGGCGAGACCUUUUGAGGGAUUAGGGCAGGUGGGUCGUAAGGAGAUCCUUUGCUUGCCAAGUGGUCUGCAGAAUGAAACUGCUGGAGAGCCACUGGCAUAGGGCAAAAUGUAGCACCCUGCAGCUGUGCUAUUCACUGAGCUCUAGAGGGGGCUGGUGGGGUCUGCAAGGAGCUGUUCUCUUUGCAAAGUAAAGGGCUGAUGGGGAAUGGGAAAGGCCGUAGUGAAUGCUCAGCUUGAAGCAUGACUUCUGCUCUGCAAAUCAUAGAAUGCCCCCAGCCUGUGGGAAGGGACUAGAGUAGCAUGGGGAGCAGUCCUGCAGCAGCCAGGCCGAUGCACAAGAUUUGUGACCUGUUAGGUCUCUUCCGUGUCAGAUUUCUAGGAGAGCGGCAGGCACUGAUGCUGCAGCAUUAGGGAAACCUGCUGCUGGAAAGUGACUAGCGCUGGUCUGAGAUGCCUGAACCCCUGGAUCCUAUUCCUGGCUCUGCCACGGUCUUUGGCAAGUCAAACUGCUCUGCCUCAGUUUUCCCAUCUGUAAAAUGGGACUAAUCAUUGACUCUCCCUUGCAGGGGGGCUGUGAAGGUUAACAAGUUAGUGUUUGUUUUUUAACAAAAAAAAAAGCAUUGAAGCUGUAAAGUGUGAUUAUAAAUACCAAGUAUUAUUUAUUUUGGGAGAUGGGAAGCAAAAAUGUUGCAUUUAUCAUGGUGACAAAUGGGGGGUUUAUGAUGGGGUGAAGAGAGAAGCCUCUUCGAAGAGCCUAGGCAAGGCACGAAGCAGCUGGACCCAACCUAAUACUACCUAGCAGUUCUCUGUUCAUUGAUGCUAUGUUGGCAGCUGCAAGUACCAGUUUAGCUUUCAGGCUUCGUGGUCUGGUCUGACAGAAAGGCCGGGCACCCUAAUGAACCUAGAACGAUCACACAUCAUGACUUCCUCGCAGCUUGGGGUACUGUCUGCCUCUCCGAAAUGGAAGUCUCAUGUUCUCUCACUUUGUAUCCCCAGCAAAUUGGGGCUGAGUCAGGUUUUCUGGCUGGGACGGUAGCAGCUGACCCAAGGUCCCGUCUCAUGCAGCACUUACACUCCAUCUGUGGCUUUUGGAGUCUGUCUAGUCUUAACAUGAGACAAUUGGACCGAAGCCACUGAGCUCCAACUCAGGAACAGUAAAGGGAAGGACAAAAGGAGGAACGCCUGCCCAGAAAUGGGGAAGGAGAUUGUGCUGGUGUUUGUAGAGCUCCCAUGUAACCAUGGCACUGAGGCUGCCACCGAUGGCUGCAGGGCAUCCUCCCAUGAUCACUUUGAGAUGAGCAGGUGGCUGUCUGGGUUGCUGUAUACUGUGCUAUGUGAGAGCCACUGCCCUGCACAGUUCUUAAGUCUUUGGUGCUGGGAGUUUACCUCAAUGCUCUUCUCCAGCUUUCUCUGUGUAUCGGGGGCAGAGGGAGGCCUGGAAGCCCAGAUGGCAGCCUGGAGCUCCAUCUUUGUGUCUCAUGGAUGCCAGAAAAAAUGGGCUCAGCUUGACAAGUGGAAAAAGUUUUCCCUGUAGCCUCCGCCUGGGAUCUGACCGCUGAGCUGGGCUCUUUUUCUGCUCCUGCAUUCUGUUUGGUAAUAAAGGUUCUGUAACAAAUCUGCUGAUGCACAAGGCAGAACAGACUCUAGCUCCCUGCAGGUAAGCUAAGGGUCCUCUAGAGACACGCAUGGAGCAGGCCCGUGGAAUAAGGCAGUGCUGUAUUUGCACACUUUUCAGAGAAGACCAGGUGGCUGUGAAAGGACUGGGCAGGGCACAUCUGGUGUCCUGAUCAGGCUCACUAACGGACCUGGAUUACACUCCUUCCCCAUCCCUUUUGGGUAACAGGUUACCCUGGUGCAAUAAUGUCUUAAAAAUCUGAGGCAGAAAAAUAAUCUGCUUCCCUUCCAUAACUGCUUGGCAAUCCCACUGCUUCUGUCCUCCCUAGUAGGCACCCGUAUCAGAGGUUGGGACUGAUACAGACCCCUCCUUUCCCCCCCCCCCGUCAUCUGCACCAAAACUGCAGCCUAUCCCACCCUUAUGCUCCUUGUCUUCCCCCCCCCCACGCACACACUCCCCGCAGGGGCGUUACCCCUCGUAGGUAUGGUUCAUGGCUGCACACACUAGUACAAAGCAAUGUACAUUUAAUUGAAGGAGCAUUGUGUAGUGCAGCGGUUCCCAAACUUAACUGGUUCCCUUAGCACCACCUGUAAAAAUCACGGUGAAGUGAACAAAUAGUCCAUCAAGCUCACAAUCUGCUGUUUGGAAACCCCUGGUCUAGUGACUAGUGAAUGAGGAGGCUCCGAGUUGAGACCUUUGUGGCAUGUUCCUAGCUCUUUGCCAGCUUGCUGCGCUCCUUUGGCAAGUCACGCCUCCCCUCUUGCCUCAGUUUCCCCAUCUGUCUUAUCCGGCUAGUCCUUUUCCUUCCCUACUUCACAGGGGUGUUAUGAGGCCCAUUUGUAAAGCACUUUGAAGUCCUCUUGUGAAAGGAGCCAGAGAAGUGUGAAUGAUGGACUGAUGGGUUUGUGAUUGGUACCUUUCCAAAGUGUCUGUACUGACCCUGCGGCCCUAUGCUCUGGAGUGCUGCUGUGACUCCCAGCCAGCCCUGGACCCCAGGAGAUGCUGGGCUCAUGUUCUCUUCAUCGCUUGAGGAACUUUUGCUCGUUGUCAAUGUUGUAACAAGCCUCAAACUGAAAUGUAUAUUUUUGCUAGAAGUACAAACCUCCAAGUGUUUUUAAUAUAAACGGUGUCGCAGACUGACUUACCUUGAAAUAAAUCUGACCUAAAUAUUUAAGAAACUU